AUGUACCACGGAGGCUUCCGUAGCGUGUCACUCGUCCUGGCUGCAACGUUCGGGUGUCGAGAGUCAGAUAUAGGCGUUACCUCGUCUGUUGGAUCUUCCUGGGCCCUACUGCUCCGUCACCAACUUUACCAACGACAGCUUUUGAGUUUUGACGAAACCUGUCUAUUGGUACGCUUGUUGAUCAAGGCAACGAUGGACCCGUUUCAACAACAGACGUUCUUUGCAGAGCCUCAUUGGCAAUACCCGAAUGCGGAUGCAACUUUCGUCCCUGUCGCCGAAGGCCAGGAAAUGACAUAUUUUCACCCACCGGGCCAUGCUGCGUACCCUAUUGAGCAAUCAGAUAGUACCGCACAGGUCCAGUAUAUGUCUGAACAACCAGCUCCUCGGGUCAACGAAGCGCAGAUAUUCCCUAUCCCUGGUGGUGUGCCAGCCACUACAUACCCCAUAGUGAGGGUGAGACGACCAGCUCGCCGUGAUCUGACCGAUACGGAUGAUGGCGAAAGAAGAGAGAAGAUCAGGCGAACCAGGACAGCCUGCGAGGAGUGUCGUAAGCGCAAGCAGAAAUGUGACGGUGGCGAGCCUUGUCACCCUUGCUCAGAGCAGAGUACUAAGUGUUGUUAUCGCGAUGUACCACCAACAAAAAAGGAUGACACCAUGGAUAGGAUGCUGCAACUAGCCGAGAACUACAACAAGACGUUAGCUUGCUUGACGAAGGAUUUGGACGUCAUGAGCGGCACAUUACGAAGUAUCGAGCAACGUCUUGAAAAGUCCUGGCGUGCCGAGUCCGGUGCCAGCGGCGGUAGCGUUGAAGGUGUUCGGCUAGGCUACCGGCAACAAGCACGUGUCUCUGCUGAGCAAAGCGGGCGCGAGCAAAUGUUCAAAGCCCGACCAUCGAGCACACGGCAACGUGACCACUGUUAG